UUUUAAUCAAAGCGGUACAAAUGGAAGAUUCUGAAAACGACAAAGUCUGUAAUAAUGACGAAAGUGAAGAUGAUGAAAUGGAUAUGCCUGCAGAAGACGUCAGGGAAAUGGAGAAAAUGAAUUUUGAUUUUGAGGCAUUUCCGCCCUCAGAAGAAGAUAUUGAAGGAUUAGAAAAUUUACUUGCACAGAUAUUUUUACGAGCUGAAAUUAAUCGAAAAGAAUUGGCUGAUUCAAUAAUUAAAAUAAGCCCGUUUGGUUGUAUUUAUAAACCAGCAGAAGAAUGCGAGGAUGAUGAGUCUCAAUCCAUAGUUUGUGGUGUUCUAUCAAUUGUUGGAUUGACUGGCACAGAGAAACAUUUUUCUGAUGUUUCCAAUUUUGUCCUACAACGAGCAAAGAAAUUCGCAACUGGAAGUAUUUUUAAACAAUUUGAAAAAUUUUUGCGGGGAACUGAUGAAGGCAGUGGAGAUUCACAAUUAAAAGCUGGAUUUUUGAUUAAUGAACGUUUAUUACAAUUUCCAGUUCAGAUUUCAGCUCCAGCAUUUGCUUCACUUUACAAUGACUACAAUUCUUUGCCAAAAAAGGAACGUUAUCAAAAUUUGUUGAUUAUUAUAAAAAUUAGAAUUAAUAAAGAGGGCUCAUCAAAAGACAGUUCUGAAGGGAUUCAAACUCAAAACAAGAAGCUCGGAAAGGCUGAACGGCGUAGAUUAUCUGCCAACACUUGUGAUAUAAUUUUUGAUAAUCCCGAAGAGGAAUUGCUUUUUACGAUGCAACAACAUUUUCCUUAUUUCCAAUAUCCUGUUGAAUCUGAAGUAGAAAGUACAUCACGUUUUGGUUGUAUUCGACGUAAUGGACAAGUGUAUAGGCCUUAUCGUCGAGCUUGUUUACUUACUGAAGAACAAUUUUUACAAUUUGUUCAGCUAGUGUCAAAUUCUUCGUUUUAA